CCGCACGUUUAUAAAUUAUAAUUAAAGCAAGUUUUCAACAACUAAUAAGGCUUACUUAAUGUCCUAAACUAAAGUUAAAUGUUAGUCUAAUAAGUUCAUCAAUUUAAUUUAAGUGUUAAUGUAGUUUUAAAGUGUUCUUUGUGUAGCUAAAAGUCUCGGUCCCUUAAAAACGAUUUCUCGCUGUCGCCGCCACCAGUAAAUUCUAAUACUUUCUAUACAUAUACAUAUACACCACACAUACACAAACCGAUUCGAUUCGAGCUGCAUUGCCUUUUAAUGCGUUUGGCCUUUUACACACAAACAAGUGAAGUACAAAAAUACGCUGACAAUAAGCGCUGCCCGCAGCACUCUGUCAGCCUUCUGUCAACUCCCUCUCCAUCGGGAACCUUGGGAGCAAUCAGUACAAGAUGCAACAUCAUGUGCAUUCGGCCAGACAGACGCCACACGUCCGUGCUGCCCAUCAUCACAAUCACAUACCCCUACAUCCAGCCAUGGCGCCUGCCCUCACACAGGAUCAACAGCUUAUGGCCAGUCUACCGCCGACAGCGCCUGGAGCGUCAGCUGCGACGGUAGCUCUUGGAGCUCCACAACAGCAACAGACACAGCGGGAACAUCACCAUGCACGUCUGAGCCAUCAUCAUCAUCACACACAGCCGGCAAACGCCAGCACCGCCACCUAUCAUCACAAUACGAAUCAAAUGCAAAAGAUUCGCCAGCAGCAUCAGCACCUGAAUACCAAUAAUGGACAUGUGAAAUGUAAUCAGCCAGCUCCGCAGACCUACAACCACAUGGCAGCGAAUGCUGCGGCACUUUCCUACAAUCAAGCCCCACCCUACAUGACUGCCCAUUUGGGGGGCUAUGCUGCGCAGCCGCAGCCCAUAAUGGGCGGUAAACCGCCCCACUACUACAUAAACAAUGCCACAAAGCCUUCCAAAUACAACAACAACAUCAGCCACUACAAUGCUAAUAGUGUCAACAACAGUUUUACGCAUGCGCCCAAAACCAUUCUGCAAAACACAUAUCGCAAUGCCAAGACAAAUGGCCAAACAGUUCCCGCCUCAGAUGUAGUAGUAGCAGCAACAGAGCUUCUUCCGUUAGCAACCACUAGCAAUAGCAACAAUAUUGUCAUCACGCCCGACGACAAUGCAGCUGGCGAGUUCGUCGAGAAGACUACGACGACGACAACGUCUCUAGAAGCCACGGACACGGCUGCUGCUUCGGCGCUUCAAACUCCAAACGAGGACAACAUCAGCAGCAGCUCGGAACACAUCGAUGCAGCUGGCAAUUUACCCAACGAGGACAACAGCACUUCACGCAGCUCCAAGGAUAAAACGCCCAUGUGUUUGGUUAAUGAGUUAGCGCGAUACAACAAGAUUACGCACCAGUAUCGGUUAACUGGCGAACGCGGUCCGGCACAUUGCAAAACCUUUACAGUAACCCUUAAACUGGGUGAGGAAGAGUAUUCGGCGGAUGGAUUUAAGAUCAAAAAGGCACAGCAUUUGGCAGCCUCCAAGGCGAUAGAGGAGACCACGUAUAAACAUCCGCCGCCCAAGGUGCGGCGCAAUGAUGAAAUUAACCCGUCUCGGACCCACAUUACGCCCACAGUAGAGCUCAAUGCUCUGGCAAUGAAGCUUGGUCAGCGUACCUAUUAUCUGCUGGAUCCCACCCAAGUACCGCCUAGUGAUACCAUGCUGACUACGGAUAGUUAUGGGGCCUCACUGCUUCCCACGCCGCCAUCCGCUGGCUUGGUGCAAGCAUCAGGGCCACCGCCCUCAAAUCACGUUCCGUACGCCAUGCGUCGUAAUGGCAACUAUAUGGUACCGGCGCCUCCCAUACAUCCGCAUUUGGCGCUGCAGCCGCAUCGUGGAAUCUACGGCCAUCAGCGAACCUUCACGCCCAAAUAUCCGGCUCGGUAUGCGCUUCCACCACCGCUCGGUGGGCACAUGAUGCACGGACCACAUGGUCCCUUUGCCCCACUGCCCGUCACGCCCAGCAAGAUAACACUGUUCGUGGGCAAGCAAAAGUUCGUGGGCAUAGGACGCACGCUUCAGCAGGCUAAACAUGAUGCAGCAGCACGAGCGCUGCAGGUGCUGAAGGCCCAGGCAAACAGCUCCACGGAAGAGGCAUUGGAUGACUCUAUGGAUGAGGGUGAUAAGAAAUCUCCCAUCUCGCAGGUGCACGAAAUCGGCAUCAAACGCAACAUGACGGUGCAUUUCAAGGUUCUCCGGGAGGAGGGACCGGCUCACAUGAAGAAUUUCAUAACUGCUUGUAUUGUGGGCUCCAUAGUGACCGAGGGCGAGGGCAAUGGAAAGAAAAUUUCGAAAAAGCGUGCCGCGGAGAAGAUGUUGACUGAACUGCAAAAACUGCCGCCAUUGACUCCCACCAAACAAACCCCUAUGAAGCGCAUUAAAGUGAAAACACCCGGCAAAGGCGCUGCAGCAGCGGCAAGUAAUGGCCAGGGAGCUACUGCUGCCACGCCCCCAGCGAAGGGCGAGCGACGCAAAAGAGCGAGUAAUACAACUAAGGAGAAGACUGUGGAACUGGACGAUGCGGAGAAUCCAAUUACGAAGCUCAUACAAUUGCAACAGAACCGCAAGGAAAAGGAGCCCAUUUUCGAACUAGUGGCCAAGAAUGGCAAUGAGAGUUCCAGGAGGCGGGAAUUUGUAAUUGAAGUAUCCGCCAAUGGCAACACAGCACGUGGGACAGGCAACAGCAAAAAGUUGGCGAAACGAAACGCAGCGCAGGCACUCCUGGAAUUGCUAGAAAAUACGGAAAAUGUUCCCAGCUCGGAAGCAGAGCAUGUCAUAGAAAAUGAUUCAGCAGCAGCCGUAGCCCCCCUCCCAGCCAUUGAAUCUGUUGCUGGGCUAGAUGUACCAAUGGUUUCAACACCAGCAGGACCCGUUCCCGGCAUAUUAAUAUUACGACAAAACAAGAAAGCUAAGAAAAAGGACAUUUCGGCAAUUGUGAAAAACAACGUGGAGCUCAAAGAAGAAGCUAUAGUGGAGGCCACAACGGCAAAGACGGCAACCUCGACGAUAGCUAUAGCGGAUGAGUCUAAGGAUAAUACCAACAAUGAGUCUAAUCCACCCGAGGCUACAACUGAGAGCGUACUCAACACCUCCACGGGAAGCAACACGAGCGGCGUGAGCAGCAAUAGUAGCAAUGCAACUGGCAGCAGUAAUGGCAAGAACAACAGCAGCAACGCUGGCAAUUCCUGCAGUAGUACGAGCGGAAAUAGCGGUGGUGCAGUUGGCGGUGGUGUGCACAUGAAGGAGCAGCUAUUGUAUUUAAGCAAACUUCUAGACUUCGAGGUAAACUUCUCCGAUUAUCCGAAAGGCAAUCACAACGAGUUCCUCACCAUUGUUACACUCUCCACUGAACCGCCACAGAUUUGUCAUGGCGUUGGCAAAAGUUCAGAUGAGUCGCAAAACGAUGCAGCGCGCAACGCAUUGAAAAUUCUCAGUGAGCUCGGCUUGAACAAUGCUAAAAAAUAAAACAAAAAACGCAGUUCUUUGUUGCCAUCGCUCGUAAAUACCCGUCCACAAAAGCUAAAAAAAAUGUCAAAAAAAAAACAUGAAACUUAAAACUGAACCUGUGUGCAAAAUUAUACAAGAAAUUGAAAUACGCAAAAUAUGAAAAAUAUCUGCACUUGUACUAUUUUGAAAUAGCAAAUUAUUAGUUAAUAACUAUUUAUUUAUUUAUGUGUGACAGCGGGCACAGUGGAUUUAAUAUUGCUGAAUUUAACAUUGUGCCAACUGUUGUUAUUAUAUUUAUUUAUUUGUUGUUGAAGUUGAAGUUGAUAAAUGAAGCAAGAACAUAAUACAAUACCCAAAACAUUUACGAAAUAGUCUUAUAGGAAGAGUACUUGUUAACGCAUUAUUGAAUUAUAUUGAUGAACGAA